AUGGAAUUAACCGCAGAGCAGCGCGAAAGAAUUGCGAGGAAUCGUGCAGAAGCUUUGAAAAGGGCCAAGGCGAGACAAGAAAAAGCUGCUGCAGAAGCUGGAAAACCGUCAUGUUCAAACGCGAAAGUUCCUUCUCCUGUUCGGCCAACUCCGAUUUUAAAACCGAGUCAGCCAACACAACAACAAUUUGCGAAUAAAAAUCCGUUCAUAAAACAAUCAUCAAUGACCAGCUUUGUGCAAAGAACGAGUCCAAACGAGAAUAUUGUAACAUUGAGCAAACCGACAAUUGAUGUGAAAUUAAAAAUUGCGACUGAGACGCGAAUUAAAAUUGAGUUCUCCCCUUUUCAUUCGGCGAUUGUGGAAACUAUCAAGCAGGUUCCCAGUCGAAAUUAUGAUCCAAACACAAAAAUUUGGACCUGUUCAAUUGACGAUUUGAAUACAGUUGGUAAUCUUCUUAAAAAUAACAAGACAGUCGAUGUGAAACUUGAAAAUCUUCCCCAUAAUGUCCUGAAUUUAUUAAAUUUUAAAGCAAAAGCAGCCCCUGCGGAUCUUAAAACUGUCAUGGACCCUGAAUUGAUUUCCAAAUUAUUUCCCUAUCAGGUCGAUGGUGUUCGAUUCGCGUUGGAGAGGAAUGGAAGAGUACUUCUCGCGGAUGAGAUGGGCCUCGGAAAAUCAGUUCAAGCGCUUACAAUUGCACGUUAUUAUAAAGGAGAUUGGCCGUUAUUGAUCAUUUGUCCUUCUUCUGUCAAAGGAUCCUGGAAAAAGCAGAUCAACCAAUUCUUUCCAAUGAUUCAUCGAAUUUUUCUUAUUGAGAAAAGCUCUGAUCCACUUCCAGAUGUUCGAACGUCGAAUACGGUGGCAAUUAUGAGUUACGAACAAAUGUGCUUGAAAUACGAUACAUUAAAAAAGGAAAAAUAUCACACCAUUAUUUUUGACGAAUCACACAUGCUGAAGGAUUCGAAAGCAAAACGAACAAAAGUGGCAACCGAUUUAUCAAAAAUCGCUCUUCACGUGAUUUGUCUUUCGGGAACCCCCGCUCUUUCCCGUCCAGCUGAACUCUUCUCUCAAAUUCGACUGAUUGAUAGCAAAAUGUUCACAAAUUUUACUGAUUUCGCUGUGCGAUAUUGCGACGGAAAACAAGGCAGAUUCUGUUUUGAGGCAAAAGGAUGUACGAAUAGUGAAGAAUUAUCAGCGAUUAUGUUCAAAAGAAUCAUGAUACGACGAUUGAAAGCUGAUGUUCUUAAAGAUUUACCAGAAAAACGAAGAGAGAUUGUUUAUGUUUCUGGGCCAUCGAUUGAUUCGCGAAUGGAUGAUUUGCAACGAGCUCGAGCUGCGUAUGAUCAAGUCAAUUCGACAGAUCGAUCAAAAUCUCAUGAUUGUCUUCUUGAAUUCUACAAUUUGACUGGAAUCGUCAAGGCUGCUGCCGUAUGUGAGCACAUUCUCGAAAACUAUUUUUAUCCUGAUGCACCGCCACGAAAAGUGCUAAUUUUCGCGCAUCACCAAAUCGUUUUGGAUACCAUUGAGCAUGAAGUGAACAAACGAAAAUUGGGCUCGAUUAGGAUUGACGGAAAAACGCCGUCGCAUCAUCGAACACAAUUUUGUGAUUCGUUUCAAAAUGACGAAGACGUACGCGUGGCGAUUCUGUCUUUAACAGCGGCUGGAGUCGGAAUUACAUUAACUGCCGCUUCGGUUGUGGUGUUUGCGGAGAUCCACUUCAAUCCAGGAGCUCUCGUUCAAGCUGAAGAUCGAGCUCAUCGAGUUGGGCAAAAAGACAGCGUAUUUGUACAAUAUCUAAUUGCGAAGAACACGUCCGACGAUGUGAUGUGGAACAUGGUUCAGAGAAAACUCGACGUUUUAGGGCAGGUAAGUCUGUCGAGCGAUACAUUCCGAACAGCCGAGAAGACACAUUUGCGAUUCACUGAUAGCGCUCAACCAUCAAUUGUUAAAUAUUUGAACGAUUCUCAUGAAGAACAGAAUAAUGGAAAAUGGGAAGAUCCGUGUCUAGAUGACGACAGCGAUGAAGUUGUCGAAUGUGAAGAAAAUGGAGCACCGACAGCAAAGCGCCCAAGAAUUUAA